GCGGCGGGGCCCGGCCCAGCGAGGUGACAGCCGCGCUCGGACACGGAGGCCGGCCCGACGCCGCCAUGAGCGCCGCGCUCUUCAGCCUGGACGGCCCGGCGCGCGGCGCGCCCUGGCCCGCGGAGCCCGCGCCCUUUUACGAGCCGGGCCGGGCGGGCAAGCCAGGCCGCGGGAGCGAGCCGGGGAGCCUGGGCGAGCCGGGCGCCGUAGCCCCCGCCAUGUACGACGACGAGAGCGCCAUCGACUUCAGCGCCUACAUCGACUCCAUGGCCGCCGUGCCCACCCUAGAGCUGUGCCACGACGAGCUCUUCGCCGACCUCUUCAACAGCAACCACAAGGCGGGCGCGGCGGGCGCCGCCGCGGGAGCCCUGGAGCUGCUGCCCGGCGGCCUCGCGCGCCCCCACGGCCCGGGCACCGCCGCCCCGCGUCCGCUCAAGCGCGAGCCCGACUGGGGCGACGGCGACGCGCCCGGCUCGCUGCUGCCGGCGCAGGUGGCCGCGUGCGCGCAGACGGUGGUGAGCCUGGCGGCCGCGGCGCAGCCCACGCCGCCCACGUCGCCCGAGCCGCCGCGCGGCAGCCCCGGGCCGAGCCCCGCCCCGGGCCCGGCGCGGGAGAAGAGCGCGGGCAAGAGGGGCCCGGACCGCGGCAGCCCGGAGUACCGGCAGCGGCGCGAGCGCAACAACAUCGCCGUGCGCAAGAGCCGCGACAAGGCCAAGCGGCGCAACCAGGAGAUGCAGCAGAAGCUGGUGGAGCUGUCGGCCGAAAACGAGAAACUGCACCAGCGCGUGGAGCAGCUCACGCGGGACCUGGCCGGCCUCCGGCAGUUCUUCAAGCAGCUGCCCAGCCCGCCCUUCCUGCCGGCCGCCGGGGCCGCCGACUGCCGGUAACGCGCGGCCCGGGGGGGGGCGGGCGGGAGAGACUCACCAACGACCGAUACCUCAGACCC